CCUCAUCGCGUGUCUUUCUCUUUCGUCUCCGCUUUCUCCGCCGGCAGACAGCCAUCAACCUUCUCCAGUUCCUUCCAAACCCUCUGAAAGAAUAUGUUCAGUAUAUGCGUUAUCCUCUGAAUCAUUCUCCAAUAUGCCAUGCAUAUCCAACGCCUUAAGACCGAUCGACACCAGAUGCUGGGGAGUAGGUGGAGCUGGAGGAGGCGGCACUCUCUGCCAAUCUGCCAAUUUGUUGAUUUAGAUUUUGAUGGAGGACCUUCAGUUGGUACAGAGUCAGAGCGGUGGAAGCGUGAAGGAGGAGGAGAGGGAAAGGAAGAAGGGGUCGGCUUACUCGUUGCUGCGGAAGAUGGAGUUAGAGAGCCGCUACGCCUCCUCCUCCUCCUUCGCGUCUUCUUCCAAAGUUGUUAUCUUGGCCUGCGACGCCACGAGGGAGCAUAACGAGGUCGAGAUGCGCCUGACGGUGAACGCCAUUCGCAUGAGAGGCGACAUUCUCUGCGGCCGAAACACCCUGAUCGUCCUCGGCGUCCUCCACAUGGUCACCAACCCCAUGGGAUAUCAAACAAAAGCAUGCACUGAUUCAUUUGGUGGGACAAGUUCUCGGGCUCUUGAAGAGGAAGUCUGGAGGAAGCUUGAUAAAUAUGAAAGCAUGCUUCAAGAAAGUGUUGAGAAAUGCAAAAAUGAAGCAGUUAGCAUCAAUAUCAAAAUAACCGCUGGAACACCAGCCAAAAUUGUGGUUCUUCAGGAAGUUCUUAAUAAUAAACCUGCCUGGCUUAUCCUUGAUAGGCACUUGCGGAGGGACAUGAAAUUUUAUAUGAAACACAUAACCUGCAAAGUCGCAUCUGUUUCUGAUAAUCUAUUUGUUGCUGUGCCAAAACCAUUUGUUACAAAUGCUUCAAGUAAAGAAACAGUAGAGCAGAAGCUAUUUUCUGUCUCCAGAAGUGUUCAACCCAGUUCAAACAUGGAGGAAGAUGACAAGAACAUAGGUGAAGCCAAUGUGCGCUCUUUGGUGUCUUUUUCAGAUUAUUAUUCUUCUAUAACUUCCCAAGAUUACUCCAAUACCUUUAAGCUGAGCAUGCUAUCAUCAUCCAAAUCAAGGUUCGAGGACUCUAGUAUAAUGGCAUUUGAUGGAGUUGCCACUUCAGGGGUAUGUUUUAAAGAACAAAGAAAUCUGUCUGGUAAGCAGGUCCUGGAGGGCAAUAAUGAUUUAGUUUUGCAGUAUGAUUCCUCUGAAAAGCCAAUUCUUUGUGCUGCUUGUGGACUAAGGUCAAUACUUUAUAUCAAGGAAUCUAUGAAGUUCCAAUUUUCAGAGAUUCAGGAUGCAACUAACGAUUUUUCAAAAGAUAAUUUAUUGGGAGAAGGUGGAUUUGGUUUUGUAUACAAAGGCCAACUUAAAGAUGACCAGUUUAUUGCAGCAAAAGUACGAAAAGAUCAAAGCACCCAAGGAUACAAUGAAUUCUUUUCUGAAGUGCAUGUUCUAAGCUUUGCAAGACAUAGGAAUAUUGUGAUGCUUUUGGGUUAUUGUUGCAAGGAGAAACAUAAUAUCUUAGUUUAUGAAUAUAUCUGCAACAAGUCUCUUCAUUGGCAUCUUUUUAAUGAAUCUGCUGAGCUUCUUGAAUGGGAUCGUAGACAUGCUAUUGCUUUGGGAAUAGCAAAAGGUCUUCGUUUUCUGCAUGAAGAAUGCCGUGGUGGUCCAAUUAUUCAUAGAGAUUUGCGACCAAGCAAUGUUCUGCUUACACAUGAUUUUGUUCCCAUGCUUGGGGAUUUUGGUCUUGCUAAAUGGAAAUCUAAUAAUGAUUCAUUCCAAACACAAGUUCUAGGAACUUCUGGGUAUCUUGCACCUGAGUAUGCUGAAUUUGGUAUUGUCUCAGUAAGGACUGAUGUUUACUCAUUCGGAGUACUUCUUUUUCAGCUGAUAUCUGGACGUCCGGUAAUUGAUGAAGACAGUGGGCAUUCCCAGCAUAUAUUGCAAUGGGCAGAACCGUUAGUUGAAAAUCUUGCACUUCAUGAUCUUAUUGAUCCUGUCCUUGGAGAAUCUUAUGACACUUAUGAGUUAUAUCGUGUGGCUAGAGCAGCAUUUCUCUGUGUUAGGAGAAAUCCUGAAAUGCGUCCAUCUGUGGGAGAGGUUGUUCAUCUUCUCGAAGAAGGCCAUGUCCGAGACUUAGCACAGCAGUUUGUCCCAUACUAUACAAAAUGAUGAUCAUUCAUGGCUAGCAAUUGGAUAGACCAAUGAUGAAUGUAUGAAUUACACAAGCAUUCACUUUUGUUAUUGAUGUGAUUUGUUCCGUCCACAUUCAUUGCACUGGAAGGAUUGUUAGGGAAUUGAUAUUGUUGCCUUCCAUUUACUCAUAGUUAUUGUCGAUUUAUUAAAUGAGGGUGGGUGGCUUCAAUUGUUCUUUCCACGUAACAAAAAUGGAGUAUUUGUUUAUAAGUUUGAUAAAGGGGAACUUUAGCAUAAUGAUAAAAUUAUUGUGACCUAAAGUAAAUUCUUGUAUAGUAGGAUAAAGCUAUGUAAUAGAUCCUUUCUCAGGACCUAUUAUUAGUAA